UGAAGCGGAAUACAGGGGUGCCAGUGUGGAAAGUAAACCACAAGGUAAGUACGUAAUCCUGUACUUUCAAGUAUUGAUACUGGGAACUCCCCAGCCACCACUGAUCUCUGGCAUUCAGACUAGUCUUCUCAACGGAAGGCGUACUAAGCUCUUUUUAGAUCCUCCCCUCAUUGGCUGUGCAAACUAGGUUGACCCCACCUUGCAAAUGUCGGACAUCUCCUCAACAACAGAUCAACGAGCUAUCAUCAAUGGGUUCGUCAACGCCAUACGGCCAUGUUUCAUCUUUGCCAUUGCAGACGUCGCGUUGUCUGCGUCCUUGUUUACUCUCUUUGUAUUCCUUCUUGCACUCUCCACCAAGGAAUCUCGACGUCGCUUGGUAUUCCGACUGAAUGUGUUUGCUAUCUGCCUUGUCUUAACGACGAGUGUACUGGUCAACUUCACCUGUGGGAAGAGCAUACUUGGCCAGGGUUAUUGGCUGCCAAAUAGCAUCCCUGACGCUGCGACAGCUUUCACCGUCUUCCCACCGUUCGCGUGUGACUCGAUAUUGUUAACUCGCCUCUUUGCACUCUAUCCUCUCUCCAGUACACCUCGGAUCACUCUAUUGAAGAUAUUUGUAUUUCCCUUCUGCAUUAAAUGUGCUCGGGUGGUGGUCCUCAUUCUUUUCUUCAUUGACUAUGUUAGGUCUGCGAUCGGGACCCAUUUCAACCCCAUCUCCCACAAUCCAUACUUGUUCGCUGAAUUGACAAUGCAAAUAGCAGACAACUUGUACUCUGUUAGUCUCUUCCUUUAUGGUCUCCGUGUCCGCACAGGUUUAAUAAGGCGUGCAGGCCGAAUGCCAGCCCGUAUCCGCCGAAUCUUUUACAUUGCCGCUGCCAAUUUCGUCUUCCCUCUCAUCUUCAACAUUGUACUAAUCAUCUCCAUCACGACUACUCAACUCUCGGUUACCAGCGAUCUGCUACUUUUGAUCAACAACUUCGUAACGGUCAUGGGUUUAUUGUGCGCGACGCUUUGGUUCUCCAGAUCUGAGUGGGUUCGGACUCGCCACGAGCCAUUAGCUGACGGCAUGUCCCCGCUCACACUGGACUUACGAAGGGUGCAUGACGAAGGCAGGAUGCAUAGAAUUGAGACUGUAGCGGCUUUCGAGAGGUUGGCCACACCUGACAUAGCAGAUAAAGGUUCGCAGAACUAAUAUACAUGCAUACUCAUACUCUUCGAAGCAGUAGUUAUCGUCGUUAUUGGCCAAAUUGUCGUAGUCUGGAUACCAGAAC